UUCACAACAGACUGAUAGCAAGCAAAAGAUGGAAGCCCGACUGACAAUUUACACAAUUUUGACAUUUUUUGGGCAACUUUUAUAUUUAAUUUAUAUGGUAAAUUGGAGAUAUUUGAAUAAUUUUGGGAAUUUUCUAAUUUCAGAUGAUUCUUUACUUUGUGGCUACCCAACUUCAAAAUUUUCAUAUAGACCCAGAUUUAGGAGAACUAAUUUUCUUAUCAGUUUUUAA